AUUUGGGCCUGGCCCAACAGAAACCAGCCCAAUUUCACUGCCUGAGAAAGACGGGAGGCACGGCUGCUACCGGCAGUGACUGUGCUUUGUUCUUCUGACUUUCUCUCACGGCCACGGCGGUUGUGAUAUCGGAAAAGCUCAGCAAAGUGAAGGAUGGGCAUCGAAAUUUGUGGAACAAUAGACAAAGUUAAUGGAAAACAAUUAAGUUAUAAGGAAUUUGUAGAACGGUACAUGGAGAAGAACCGGCCUGUGGUGUUGACGGGUCUCAUGGAUGAUUGGAAGUCUUGCAGCGAUUGGGUCGACGAGAAUGGGCAGCCGAAUCUACAAUUUUUUUCCACCCACUUCGGAAAAUCUAGGGUUCAGGUUGCAGAUUGCAGUACUAGAGAAUUUACAGAUCAGAAGAGAGUAGAAAUGUCUGUUUCAGAGUUCAUAGACCAAUGGUAUAAGGAGUCUGUACAGGAGCAUGGCUUUGCUUCAAAUGACGGACUUACAGAGAAGGCAGUACUGUAUUUGAAGGACUGGCAUUUUGUGAAGGAAUACCCAAAUUACACAGCAUACUCAACUCCACAGUUUGUUUGUGAUGACUGGCUCAACCUGUACCUUGACAGUUACCGUAUGCACAGGGAUCCUGACUCUCACCAAGAGAAAGAUGAAAUAAGUUGCUCCGACUAUCGUUUUGUUUACAUGGGAGCAAAAGGUUCUUGGACUCCACUCCAUGCUGAUGUUUUCAGGUCAUACAGCUGGUCAGCAAAUGUUUGUGGAAAGAAACAAUGGUUUCUUUUAUCUCCUCCUCAGUCUCAUCUUGUAUUUGACAGGAAUAUGAAAGCCUGUGUAUAUAAUAUCUUUGAUAAUAUAAGUGAAAAAUCGUUUCCUGGUUUUAAGAAGGUAAUUGUUAUUCCAGAUGUUCUACCUCUUCUCCUUCUAUCGCUUGAAUAUCAGCUUUUGCAUGUUCAUUUGUUUAUCAUUAUGCAGGCUACCUGGUUGGAGUGUACUCAAGAACAAAAUGAAAUUAUAUUUGUGCCAAGUGGCUGGUAUCAUCAAGUUCAUAAUAUGGAAGACACUAUAUCAAUAAACCACAAUUGGUUUAAUUCCUACAACCUCUGUUGGGUGUUGGACUUGAUGUCGCGGGAUUAUGACGAAGCUAAGGAUUACAUAGAAGACAUUAGAGAUGUAUGUGACGAUUUCGAAGGCCUCUGCCAGCGCAACCUCGCUGCUAACACAGGUAUGAACUUCUACGACUUCUUCAUCUUCUUGGCACGCUUUUCACUUGCCAAUUCGAUGCUACUGGAAAAUCUAACCAGAGACACCACAAAUGCUGCUGGGAGCUCAUUUCCAAUUGUUCAACAGUUGGCUCAGAAUCUUUGUUCAAUACAGAAGAUUACUUCAAAAAUGAAAUCCAUGGAAUGUUUUUCAGGAGACCAAGGAUUCGUGUUGGAUCUUGGAGAAACACACAAAGAUCCCAAGUUUUUCCAACUCUGUGAGUCUCUGUUUCAAACUURUGAGUCCAUACACAAACAACAGAUUUCAAGUUUUCAUACAACGACAAUCACAACACACGACUCUAAAACUUCGAAUGUCACUCGAAAUUUUCGUGUUCCCGUUUCCUCUCCCCAAGAUCUUGUCGAAUUUAUAGACACGGUCUUAACCAGACACAGUAGCUUACCUUACAAGGAUGACUUAUAGUAAAUUUUCCAUCUGAUGAUUUUAGAUUCAGGAGAAAGAAUUGUUCUCAUCUCAUACACAACUAAUUCUCAAGCUAGUGAGAAAUGAGAAAUCUGAAUGAAUGAUGACUGAUGAGUUAUCCCACUAGUGCUGGUCCUUCUGGCAUUAAGUGACAAA